UACACCAACUGUUAUUGAAGAUACUCCUAAGAGUAUCUUUGAUUCUCUGGAAAAUAUUAAACAAGGCGAUUCUUUGGAAUCAAAUUUAAUUGAUGAUUUAUUUAGUAGCCCAAAAGUAUUAGACAAAUUAGAAACAUCCAAACCAGGGCUCGAAGAUACAAACGUUAUUCCAAAUUCAAAUGUAGAUAAUAUAUUGCAUAUGUCAAAUGAAGAUUCAUUAACUUCGACUCCUCUAAAAGAUAAUAUUAAAUAUAAUCAUUUACAAAAAAAUAAAUCUGUUGAAAAACUAAGUGCUUUAGACAUUACAAAUAAACAAACUCCAGAUAUGAGAGAUAGUAGUGUUCCAAAUAAAACUGACAAAAUAAAAACAUUUUUGCCAGAAAUUCGUUAUAAUAACACUGUUGUAUCUAGUAAUGUAAUAGACGAUACGAAUAUGAGUUUAUCUAGUCAUAGUACACCAACAGUUAUUGAAGAAACUCCUAAGAAUAUCUUUGAUACUUGUGAAAAUAUUAAAUUAGACGAUUCAUCGGAAUUAAAUUUAAAUGACGAUUUGUUAGGUAGCCCUAAAGGAUUAGACAGAUCAGAAAUGCUUAAACCAGGGCUCAAAGAAACAGACGUUAUUCCAAAGUUAAAAACAGAUAAUAUUUUACAUAAUUUAGAUGAUGAUACAUUGAAAUCGUCUAAUCUAGAUAAAAAAAUUAAACCUUAUCCAUUACCAAAAAAUAAAUUGAUAAAAGAAUUAAAUCCUGUAGAAAAUACAGAUUUACAAAUGAUAGAUUUAAUAGAUGGUACUACUCAAAAUAAAUUAAAUUUAAUAGUUAACCACAAUAAAACAACUAUGACGGAAUUACCUAUUAAUGUAAUCAACAAACAUUCAUCUGACUUAGAUGCAAUACAUAAUUAUAAUGAUAUUGAUAAAGUUGAAGAAAUGAAUGUUAAUCAUGAUUAUAUAAGUAACUUUAUAGUUGAUCACAAUUCUAACAGUUUAUUUUCAUCAGAGGAUGGUAAUCCAUACGGGUUAAUGUUACCUCAUUUUAGCACAAAAUAUGUUGGAGGCGAUGAUUCAAGUUAUAAUUUAUGGGAAACAAUUCCACCCAAAAUAAAUUACGAUCUUAGUAAACAUAAAGAAAAUGAUAAUUUUAAUAAUGGUUCAAAUCAAUUUACUGGUGAUACUUUAAAGGAUAACUACGUUUCUAAUGAUAUUAAUAACGAAAAAAAAAUUUUAACUAAUACUGAAACUGUUAUAAAUGGUAAUGUAAAUUCCAAUAUUCAUAAUAAACAAUAUGACGAUUUUAUUAAAAAAAUGUCUGAACAAUUGUUUAAAAAAAUCGAUAAUAUUGAUGAUAAACUUUCUAAAUUAGAUAAAUUAUCUAAUAAUCGUUCUUCUUUGAGAGAAAGUGAAAAUAUCAGAUCUCAUGAUCCAUCUAUCAACAAAGUUUUACUAAUGAAUGAUGUUCCUAUUACUAAAUCAGAAAUACCAAUUCGUAUAGAAGAGCCUGAUUCAAAAACAAAUAAACCAUCAGAAAGUCUUGAAGUAAAAAUAAGUAGUAAAACUGAUGAUGAAAAUGAAAUCAGGGAAUCCACAAAAGCAAAGAAACAUAAAGAUAAAAAGCGUAAAAAACAUACAAGACAUGGUAGGCAUAAUAAAAAAAAAGGUAACAAUAAAAAGAAUAUAAGUGAUGAUAAUGAUGAUGUUGAUGAUGAUGAUGAAAAAAGUAAAAAUAUAAAUGAUAGUGAUGAUGGCGAGUUUAUAAAUAAUAAAAGACCUAAGAAAAAUAAAAGAAAUCAUAAUGAUGAUGACGGGCAUAAAAAGAAACAUUAUAAGAAAAAAUAUUCUAAGGGUGAUAAAGAUGAUGAUGUUGGUAGUCAUAGAAAGAAUAAAAGUCAUAAAAAAAUAGGUAUAAAUGAUGAAGAUGUUGAAAUAUUGCAAAAUAAUAAAACUGAUAUUAAAAAGAUGAAAAAAAUAAAAGGAAAUACAUAUUCACCUAAGGAAAGCAAUGAAGUUAAUAAUAGUUCCAGCAUUCAAAUUAACAGUGAAGAUAAUGAUUCUAAAAAAAAAUUAAAAAUAAAAAGUAGUAAAUCAAAAAAUUCUCAAAAUACUAAUUUAACUAAAAAAAAAAAUCCGUCGCCUAAAAAGAAGUCAAAAUAUAUAAAACAUUCCAAAACUAAAAAUUAUAAAAAUAAUGAAAUCCCUGUAGAUGUCAGUGAUGAAGAUACAAGUUCAAAUGAAUAUAAUUAUAAUUCAGAAAAUACCUAUGUAAAAUAUAAUGAUUAUGAUACUCAGAAUAAUGUACUAAAAGAUAAAAAUCAUAAACAUAAGAGGCAUAAUAAACAUUUAAAAACUAAAAAUAUUUACAAAUAUAAAAAAAUCCCCGUAGACGACGAAGAUGAAAGUUCGGAUGAAAAUAAUGUUAAUUUAGAAGAAACCUAUAAUAUAAAUAUUACUGGUGAUAAUGCACUGAAACCGAAAAGACUUAAACAUAAAAAAAUUAAAAAAGAGAAGACUAUUGAUAUUAAUAUUGUAAAAGACUCUGACACUCAAGUUCUUAAUAACAAUAUUACGAAAAAUGGAUAUCAACUUUACACAUUUUAUCCUCAAUACCGAUAUGUAAACCCAUUUUUAAGAUUUCUCUACUAAUUCAUUAUACAUAUGAUAAUACUAUUUGAUAACAACUUGUGAAAAUACCUUGUUAUAAUUAUUCGUGUGAAAACUAUUUUUAACACAGGUAACUUAU